UUGUACGUAUAAAGUUAAGGCAGAGAUAAAAGAAGAGAGUUUUUUCUUCUUCUUUAGUUUUCUUUCUGAAUUUUCUGGCCCUUCUUUGUUUGGUGAUGAUGUUUUUUUGAGUUUGUUGUUUUUUGGUUGAGAUUAUAAGCCGAGAAAGGGGAAAAUGUGGGAUCUUAAUGACUCGCCGUAUCAACAACCUAGAGACCAUGAAUCCGAGGGCUGCUGUUCGUCGCAGAAGACUUCCGUAGACGGAGAUCAAGACAAGGGAAAACGGGUCGGAUCCGUGUCGAAUUCGAACUCUUCCGCUUUGGUGUUCGAGGAUGGAUCGGAAGAAGAAGAUGGUGAGCGAAUUAAAGCAGGUUUAAAGAAGAGAAGUAGCAAGAUUUUCGGUUUCUCGGUGCCUCACGAAGUAGAAGAGUGCUCAAUGGAGAGUGACCCUCCUCCCGUGACCCACCAGUUCUUCCCUCUCGAUCAGGACCAGGAAACUGGUUCAUCCUCAGGUUUCCCCCAGGCUCACUGGGUCGGUGUCAGAUUCUGCCAAUCGGAGCCUCUCGCACCGGAAAGAUCCGGAGAAGCUUCGCACCCGAUGAAGAAAAGCAGGAGAGGACCAAGGUCGAGAAGCUCUCAGUAUAGAGGAGUUACCUUUUAUAGAAGAACUGGCAGAUGGGAGUCUCAUAUUUGGGAUUGUGGAAAACAAGUUUAUUUAGGUGGAUUUGACACAGCACAUGCGGCUGCUCGUGCAUACGAUAGGGCAGCAAUCAAGUUCCGGGGAUUAGAAGCCGAUAUAAAUUUUAGCAUCGAAGACUACAAGGAAGAUUUGAAACAGAUGAGUAACCUAACCAAGGAAGAAUUUGUGCAUGUUCUUCGCCGACAAAGCACCGGUUUUCCCAGAGGAAGCUCCAAAUAUAGAGGAGUUACUUUACACAAAUGUGGGAGAUGGGAAGCUCGAAUGGGCCAAUUUUUAGGCAAAAAGUAUGUUUAUUUAGGCUUGUUUGACACCGAGAUUGAAGCAGCUAGGGCUUAUGACAGAGCUGCAAUUAAGUGCAAUGGCAAAGACGCUGUUACUAACUUUGAUCCCAGCAUAUACGAAAACGAGCUUAAUAAUUCUGGUGAAGCUUCGGGUAACGCCGGAGAUCACAACCUCGACUUAAGUUUAGGGAAUUCAAACUCUAACUCGAUCCCGAACAUUGUAAAACCUGGGGCUGAUAGUCAAAGUGGCAUGGGUUAUCAGCAUAAUCUACCAUUUGAAGCAACUGAUUGGCAACAUCAGGGAUUUAGGUUUAAGCAGGGACAAUUUAGAACUGAUGAAGCCCAUCACCGAAGAUCGGAUGGAUAUAUCGAGGAAGAAACAAUGCAGCUGUUGAGUCGAGCACACAUUCAAUCUCCAGCUACAACCAAGUAUAACGGACAGUUUCACAUUAUUCCUCCUCGCAUUAGUCCAUCAACUUAUCAGAUUCAUUUUCCAAGAAGCAGCAAUGGAGGCCCCAUUGGGAGUACUGACCUUUCACUAUCAAGCUGUGAUAAUCAACAGCGGCAAUCAGGUCCUCACCAGUUGUUUGGAAAUUCUGCAGCAUCAUCAGGAUUCCCAUCGUAGAUUAGACCUUCUUCCCAAACUUGGCCUCACCAAAAUGGCUUGCAUUCAAUCAUCUAAAAAA